GGAUUCACGUCAUCUUGAUACCAUACACCUAACUGUCAAAAAACUGCUUUUCUAUAAAAUCAUUGUGACUAAUUCCCUUUACCAGGCAGAAAGUACAAUAUGAGUGAGUCCGCGUCUGCCGGAGGUGAUGACACAGACUCCGAAGGGGUUGCUGCCGUGCCAGUUCCCGAUACCACGCCUCGCGAUGCGGACGCCACAACUUCCGGAGCCCGGAUGAUGAUGCAACACCCAUUGUUGGCGGCAGCCGCAGUUGCCGUCUAUGCCACCAGAGUCAUGUGGGUCAAGUUGCGUGUGCUCCGGUUGGCCAAACAGUUGCGCCUCCAAAAGCAAAGAUUUAGGAUGUCUAAUCCCUGGCAGGACAAUGAAUCUGGCUCUGAGGCAGAGAGUGAUACCGAUGGCAAGGAAGGCGAUUCUGAUGAGUCUACAGAUACAGAUGUGAAUCGUAUUAGAAUUCAAGCUACUGAUAAUGAUCGUGUUGUUGGUGUGCCGCAAUAGUUUUUCAAGAUGAUUUUCGAAUUUGAAUUCAAUGCUGCGAGUUAUUCAAAUUG